AUGGGUGCUUGUUUGAGCAAAAAGAAGAAGACUUUACCUUCGUUUUCUUCCACCCAUGUGCCUCAAGAUCCACCCAUUUCCUGCAAUGCCUCCAAACCCAUCAUCCCAAUUUCUCACCCGCCCGCCGCCAUUGAUGUGAACAGGGAGAAAACAGAGCAAGAAAAUGGGGUGGAGACAGAGUGCUCUGUGAAGAAGGAGGUGUUUGUAAUUAACCACAGGAAGAGUCAUGAUGGGAGAGACAAAAAUGGAGCCUAUUUUCUUCCAAAUGAAGAGGAAAAUGGAGGUGUUUUGUCUUCUUCUUCCUGUGAGAUUUUGGAAUCUGGAGAUGUUGGGGAAAAUUUGAAGGUGGGGUUGGUUAGAACUUCGAGCUGUACUAGAGAGGAGGUCGACGCCAUUUUGAUUCAGUGUGGAAGGUUGAGCCGGAGUUCAUCUGCUAAUGGUAAUGGAAGGAAGUAUUCUGGUUCGAAAAGAAGCUUUGAUUUUGACCAUUCUGAUAGAGAUGGUGUUAAUUCUGGAAAUUACGGUGAUGAAGAUGAAGAUGGGAAGAAUCCCAUUUCGGUGGAGGUUGAUGACGACGGAACUCCGGCGGAGAAACGCCAUAACCAGAGGCAGCGCCACCGCCAAUCUUCGAGAUAUUCUCCCUCUCAAGGGAGGAGGAGAACUCCCAGUAGGGAGAGAGAUCAGAAUCAACGAUCCAGUAGCCGGGAGCGGCGUGUUAGCCGGUCGCCUGGCCGACGGUCGGUGGAGCCGUCUGCCUCAAAUGGUUCGAAUAAUGGCGGUGGUCUUAGUAGACCGGCGAAAAUGGUUUCAGUUCCGGCAACAGUCGCUCAUUUGGAAAUGGAUAAGAGCAACAAUGUCACUGGUGGUUGUUCUGGCAAUGAUUCGGCGACUGCGACCGCCGUUAAGAGAAUAUCGGUUAAACGAAACGUCGGCGAGGCAACCGCCAUGGCGGGUUCGAGAGUUGCUUCAUCACCUCGUUCACAGUCCCCUGCAAGAAUCAAUGGACAUGUCAAAGUUUCAGACGAAAUUCAGCCGCCGCUGCAGCAGCAGCCAUCUCUGAGCCGCAGCUCAUCAAGAAAAACAGAGCAAUCUCCUUACAGAAGAAACCCAUUGAGCGAAAUCGAUAAUAAUUCACAGCAACACAACAGGAUUCAAUCUGCUAAAGACACAAACAAUGGAUCAAACCAGAAGCCAAAAACAGAGUCCAAAAGUAGCCACAAAGUAGCAGUUUCUCAAGUGAAUAGCAGCAAAACAGGCACUCCGGCCACUGCAACAAGAGGGGUUGUGAAUAUCAUCACCUCCACAGCACCACCAUUGACAAACACGGAGGGAGUUCUUGCAAGAAGCAGAUCAGGAAGACAAUCCAGAGAAUUUGACAUCAACCCAGAAGUUCUUUUGAAUCAAAAUCAAACACCAUCUUACACCAAGAUGUUGCUUCAAGACAUUCAAAACUUCCAUCAAAAAAAUUCCAACUCUGUUUCUCUUCCAGCUUGUGUAACCAAGGCGUGUUCCAUUGUUGAAGCAGUUGCUGAUCUCAAUUCCUGUGCUUUCUCCGAGGAUCGAAACAGAGACCCUUUUGAUGAUAUUGUAGAACCAAGCUUCCACAAGUACGUGACUGUGAGAAGGGGAAGCCCUGCUGGAGGGGAAGAUACAGAGGAUCAAGAAUCCUCCGGCAGCAACAGUUUUGUCGGAAGUGUUCAACAGCAGCAGCAGCAGCAGCACUGGGGGAAUUCAGCUGCCUCAUGGGAACCCAACUCAGCUGAUUCAACUGAUUCCUCGUGGAGAUCAAAAACAGGGGUGGACAGAGACGAGAGCAAGCGGAGAACAGGGGAGAGAAGGAGAGAGUCUGAUUGUUCUUCUUCCCAUAGAAGUGGGAUUGGGCGUGGCAGAGUUGGUGGGAGUGGCAGUAAAGUUCUUCAUACAGUUCCUGUUGCAGCCACUGGUACCAACUGAUUUGAAUUGUAUAGAUUCUUGGCUGUGUUUGCAU